AUGACGUGGGGUUGGGUGGGCGUGUCGUUCUUCACACUCAUGGUGGGCUUGGCAAUGGCAGAAAUUGCUUCGGCGUACCCCACUUCUGGCGGGCUUUACUGGUGGGCGGCUCGGUUGAGUUCGCCACGAUAUGCCCCCUUUGCGUCUUGGAUGACAGGAUGGUUCAACCUGAUCGGGCAAUUUGCGGUCACUGCUGGCGUCGACUAUGGCAUUGCUCUCAUGCUAGGCGCGACCAUUUCCGUCGCCACUCACGGUGCUUGGAUUCCCAGUACGGGUGCGACGGUGGGACUUCACGUUCUUAUAUGUUUCACUCACGGCGUGGCCAAUUCUUUGGGUCCCACAGUCAUGCGGUGGAUUAACAGUAUUAGUACUUGGUGGCAGGUGAUUGCACCUACGGUGCUUAUCUGCACGAUUGCUGCAACAGCGCCAAUCCAUCAAUCCUCCGCAUUUGUCUUUACUCACUACAACAAUAACACCGGAUGGUCCAGCCCUGCUUACGUCGUUUUAAUCGGUUUGUUACAAGCCCAGUUCACUUUUACUGGUUACGAUGCCAGCGCUCACAUGGCAGAAGAAACCCAAAAUGCAGCUGUCAGCGGCCCUGUAGGCAUGAUUAUGGCCAUCGUUGUGAGCGCUAUAGUAGGAUGGGGUUUCAUUAUUGGAUUUUUAUUUUGUAUCCAGGAUCUGCAAACCACGAUUGAGACAACCACCAAUUUCCCAGUGAUGCAGAUCAUAGUCGACUGCGCUGGUCCAACUCCGGCGGUGGUGUUAAUGGUUAUUCUUAUGCUCGCCUGUUGGUUCUGCGGGUUCGCAACGGUGACAUCCAAUUCCAGAAUGAUUUAUGCAUUUUCCCGCGAUGGGGCUAUGCCCGGUAGCCGAUGGUGGCAUUUGAUCGAUAAAAAACGCCAGACGCCGUUGAAUGCUGUAUGGCUCUCAGUGAUCGUCGCCUCUCUCCUUGGCCUAUUAUCUGUAGGCAAUGCUACCGCAUUUUCUGCUAUUACAUCCAUAGCGACCAUUGGUAGUUAUCUUUCGUAUGGUAUGCCGAUCAUCACCAAACUACUCAAUGAGAAGCAGUUUGUUAGAGGCCCAUUGCAUUUAGGCUCAUUUUCCAGCCCGAUUGGAUGGGUGGCUCUUGCAUGGAUAUUGUUCAUCACUGUACUCUUUGUUCUUCCUCCGAAAGCUCCGGUCACGGCCAUCAAUAUGAACUAUACUUGCGUGGCGGUUGGGGCUGUUCUUAUUGGUGCAGGCCUGGGAUACGCAUUGUAUGCCCGCCACUGGUUUACUGGUCCGAGGAUCAACUUGUCGUCGGAAGAUCGUAGCAGCGUUCACCAAAUCGAAAGAGACUCUUUCCCAGAAAUAUAUCCUUCGGAUGGUAUAUCAACCGCAGAAUCCGAUAGCAAGCCUUAUGCUGACUAA